ACUCCCUCUCCCUGUUCUUCUCUUCCACUCCUCCUCGCACAAAUCCUUUUAUUCCCCAGUGAAGAAGUGAAGCAAAACCCAGACGAGAGGAAGAUGAUGCAAGACCCCUGGAACAUCAGUGUUCCCACCGGAAUCCGGCCAUCGAAAUCAGCGGCUUGCUCGGCCAUUAGACCAAUCGCGAGGCCAAAGCCCGAUUUUUUCCACAUUACCCACAAAGUCCCAGUCGGGGACACCCCUUAUGUGAAGGCAAAACGGGUCCAGCUAGUGGAUAAGGACCCUGAGAAGGCAAUUGCCUUGUUUUGGGCUUCCAUCAAUGCUGGGGACAGGGUCGAUAGUGCGCUCAAGGAUAUGGCGAUCGUAAUGAAACAGCAGAACAGAGCAGAAGAAGCUAUCGAAGCUAUCAAGUCGCUUAGGAGCCGGUGCUCGGAUCAAGCCCAAGAGUCCUUGGACAACAUUCUUUUGGAUCUUUACAAGAGGUGUGGGAGAUUGGACGAGCAGAUAGCUCUCUUGAAGCACAAGUUGCAACUUAUCCAGCAAGGUCUGGCCUUUAAUGGGAAACGAACAAAGACAGCUCGGUCUCAGGGGAGGAAAUUCCAGGUCUCUGUCGAGCAAGAAGCAACCAGACUUCUGGGGAAUCUGGGCUGGGCACUGAUGCAGAAGGAGAACUAUGUCGAAGCUGAGGCAGCCUACAGAAGAGCCCUUCGGAUGGGCCCCGAUAGCAAUAAGAUGUGCAACCUGGGCAUCUGUUUGAUGAAGCAAGGGCUGAUUGCCGAGGCCAAAGAGACCCUCAGACAGGUGAGUCCGGCGGCAGUCGAUAGCCUGAGAGGAGCUGAUUCCCACUUGAAAGCCUACGACAGGGCCCAGGAGAUGCUCCAAGAUCUCGAGGCCAAACUCUACGGUCGCACUGCGAAGGAUCGGUCUGAUCAAAGCAGGAUCUUCGACGCAUUCGUCGAGUCUUCCUCAAUUUGGCAGCCUCAUCCCUGCAUCGACUACUUGAUGCCACCAGCACGAGAACGCUUCGCUGAUGAGAAUAUCAACACGAACAGAAUAAUAAGCAAUGCGAAGCUCGACAUUUCAUCGAACGCCGAGCUCGACAUCGAUGCACCGCCAUUCUAUUCGUCGAGGAUGAUGAAAGAUCUGAAUGGGAUGAUCAAUCAUCAGCUCAAGAGGACCAGGUCGGGCAAUGUGAUGGAGAAGUCCCUCCCACCCAGAAUACCUGUGGAGAAAGCAAGUGAACAAGGUGGCAACAGAAGGAAAUCUGUCUUUGUUACGGCGGGGACAGAGGAUUGGUGGCCCGAAUUGCCGGACAAUAAUGAGUUCAAUGACGCCAUUGUGGCGGCAGUUCUUGCUCCUGUUCUUGAGGAUGAUAGUACUGAUACCGGUCAGGCAUUGAACGAGGGGAAAAUGGGGAAAAGGCUAAGGAUUUUCCAGGAUAUCAUUACACAGGCAUCGAACUCCUUCUCUAAAUGAUAGGUUUGGUCAGGCUGCGCUUUUUUACGGGAAGGAGAUGAUCUUGUUCUCCUUGAUCCGAUUACAGAGCUUUGAAUGAUCAUUGUAACCAAACUCACAGCUAAUAAGAAUCCAUUAUUUGUUAUUAAUUUAUUUGUCUUACACUCUCGUUUGCCAGGAUCUUAGCGGAACUUGCAUCUUUUUUUUCUCUUAAAAAUGUAAAUUUAGAGUUUUACUGAAUUGAAUCUGUCUUGCUCUUCCUUGGGCUGCU